CAGAUGAUCAAACGUUUGGAAACUGAAACAGUCGAAAGAAGCAGUGACGAAUCUGAAGAAAAUGGCCUGGACGAGCAAAAGACAGCCACAUAAUCAGUGAAAAUUUAGUGAAGGAGAAGUCAUGGCCUGCGCCCGAGUGCCACUGGAUGAGCAGCAGGUGACCGAGCCGGGCCCGCUGGGAAAAGAGCACACGCUGCCUGCACUGCACCCGGCCAGGAAGGAGGAGCGCUGCUUUGUGCCUUACAAAUCCCCCCCAGAAGACGGCUCUCCGGCUGAGGUGGAGGAGUUUUUGGAACAUGCCAAAUUCAUCACAGAGGACCUGGAGUGGCUGCUGACGCUGCCUCAUGACAAGUUCUGGUGUCAGGUGGUGUUUGACGAGUCUCUGCAGAGGUGUCUGGAUUCAUACCUGCAUCACGCCCCUCGCGGCCUCGACCUCGCCACCCUGCCCUCCUCCCCAGCAGUAGCCGACAUGCAGCGCUCCGUCCACAGGUUGGUCUUCUUGACCUUCCUCAGGAUGGCCACACACAAAGAGUCUAAGGACAACUUUAUCACGCCAGCUGUGUUUGGAGAAAUUAUCUAUGAGAACUUCCUGUUUGACAUUCCCAAAAUCCUGGAUCUGUGCGUGCUCUUCGGAAAGGGCAACAGCCAGCUGCUGCAAAAGAUGAUCGAGAACAUCUUCACCCAGCAGCCGUCUUACUACAGCGACCUGGAUGAGACGGUGCCCACUGUGUUACAGGUGUUCGACACCAUCGUGGACAAGUGCGGUCUCCACUGUGAGGGAGCCGCCGCCAUGGAGCCCAUGAAGCUGAACGCACACAAACAGCCCACUGCCAUGACCAUGAGCCAGCAGGAACUUGUAGAUCUUAUUCUGUACCUGUGUGACUCGACCACCACCAUCCAUGCCUUCCUGGACAUCUUCCCUGCCGCCUGCUCCAGCUUCCACUCCCACUGCUUCCUCAGCAGACUGACCUCGUUUUAUGAGACCGCUGUGCCUGACCUGGAGAAGGCGGUGAAGAAGAGAAACUUUGAUGAUAAAGGUCUUCAGGAGGACUUGUGGAAGAGAUUGUCCCACUCCUGUCGUAAGAUAGUGGAGAUGGCUCACCUGCUGCUGCAUCACACCUGCCUACAGCCGAUCCUGGAGGGCGGAGAAAACCUACAAACAUUUGCAGAGGAGCUCCUACAGCAUUUCUCAUCUUUUUUACCCGAGAAAAGGUUCUUGUCAGACUACGAUGAGCAGUUCCCCAUCGCAGACGACAUCAGCCUCCUACAACAGGCCGUCCCCGUCAUUGACGAGACGCGGACGUCCUACCUGCUCCAGGGGGUGGAGAGCGCCUGGGACUGCGUGGGCCGACGGAGACCACACGGUCAGACUCAGCGUCAGGGAGCAGCGGCCGGUGACGCUGCAGCUGCAGCUGGCUUUAAACUUCAGGAGGAGCGAGAGCCAAAAGGAGGAGAGAGCCUGAGGGGAGCCGAGGCCGUGCUGGACGUUCCCCAAAAAGGAAACAACGGUGCGGUGUGUCCGGUGAGCGAGGCGGAGCUGGAGUCUCUGCUGUCGUGUAUCAGGGACCUGCUGCCCGAUUUGGGCGAAGGCUUCCUGCUGGCCUGCCUGCAGGAGUACGACUACAACUCUGAGCUGGUCAUCAACAACAUCCUGGAGGACCGCCUGGCCCCCAACCUGGACAAACUGGACCGAGCCAUGCCGAGGCCAGUGAAGGAGAAGCUUUCAGAUGUCCUGAACGUCAGAUCGAAUGUGUUUGAUGACGACGAGUUUGACGUCUUCCGCAGAGACCAGGUGGACAUGUCCCGCAUCUGGAAGGGCAGGAGGAAAGGUGAGAGCGUUCGAGAGACGCUGAACGACAAGCAGCACAUAGCGGAGCAGAAAGCUCGUUAUCAGGCCUACGAGACGGUGGUGGACGAGGUCGUCAUCGAACCCGGCGAGAGCGCAGAAGCCUUCGGCCUGGACGACUACGACGACGAGUACGACGACACCUACGACAUGAGCCAGGUGGGAGCCAAUGACCUGGAUGGAGACAGUUUACUGAGCAGAAGGCCGUUCACGGUCCCGCAGGUACUGAGAAAAGGAAACAAACCAGAAUUGGAGGAGGAGGGUGAAGACGAAGAGGAGGAACCACUUCAGAACAAUGUAAACAGGGACCAGUUUGUGCAGGACCCGGCUCUGCUGAGGGAGAGAGCUGAAGCCAGAAGAGCCGCCAUGCAGCAGAGGAAAGGUUUCCGACCAGAGCGUCCCGCUAACGUGGUGGGCCAACCCAAAGGCCAAGGACAAACCCUGGAGACGUACCUGGACCGACGCAAGAAGGAGGCCAACAAGAGCCGCGGGGCGAACCACAACCGCCGCAACAUGGCCGACCGCAAGAGGAACAAAGGCAUGAUCCCCUCCUGACCGCUGUGACGGCGCGCUGCUCGAACCAAAACGGACUGAUUGUAGGAGGGGGGGACGGCGGGAAGGCGGCUGAGGUGUUCGGGGCUCACUUUGUCGAUCACACCUCAGCCCCCGACGUCGCUGUCUUUGCUCGAAAGGAAAAUCCACCGAAGGUUUUCAGUUGUUGGUGAAAAGUUGCAUUAGUUUAGCAACUUAUCAGAAGUUGCCAAGCAGCUUGUUGAUAUGUUUAAGACUGAACAUCUACUUUUAGAGUUUGAGCCUGAAGGACACUCAGCGCUUUGGCCCAAAUGGUUUUCUUUUAUAGCUCUUUAUUAAAAACACCCAAAGUCCUGAGUGUGAGCCAGAGACCGAGGACAAAGAAUAAGACGUUUAUUUUUGCCAAAUAACAAAAUCAUUUUAUUAUUAAGAUUCAGAGUGGCUGAAUGAAGUUUUUCUUUGACAUCAUUAUCAUCAAAUAGACAACAUAGGAAUAAAAGGAAGAGACAUCCAGGGUUUUGGAGAAACUGCGGUUUCUUCUGUAGCUGGAAGAACAAUUAACGACCUGGUGAUCAAGUCUGGACAUCAGCGGCUCACUGCGCUGCUCCUACGGCUCAUCCUCUGCGAGCAACCUGUCUGCGAGCUUGUUGCAUGCAACGUUCAAGUGCAUGCAUGCGAUGUCAUCCUCCCAGUUCACACUACUGUUGUCCAGCCUUUGUAGAAACGACAAAAAAAGUUUCUAGAAAAAGAAAUCAAGUGAUAAUGGAAGCACGUGCUGUACAGAGGCGCUCACGUCUCUCAGAGUAACCAAACCUCCAACAUGUUGCCAUGCACAGACUAUUUUCUAUGAAGAGAACAGAUCUAUCAGAGCAUUUUGUAACAAAAAAAGCAGAUUUAA